AUAGCCAGGGAACCAACCCAAUAGGAGGCUUGUCCACUGAGAAGGAGAGGAGGGAGAGAGGGGGAGAGAGAGGGAGGCGUAAGAGAAGGGUGGGAGAGACAAAAAGCAGAGAGACAGAAAACUCGAUUUGAUAAAAGAGGGCAGGUACCAUUGGCAGGACAAUGAAGACAGGUGUGGGACUCUACACUGCCCUGGUGCUCUGUCUCCUGAUGGGGACAGUGUUUUUACAGAGACCACGGCCUAAGAAACCUCCUAAGCCUCCAAAGCCCAGCAAGCGCCCCUCCUUCAAGCCUGCCCCGCCACCUAAGGAACCAGAACCCCAGGAGCCCACAGAUUUCCCCCCUCCCGUUGUUGGCCCCCCUUCCAUGUUCUCUGACUGUCCCCGGGAGUGUUUCUGCCCCCCAUCCUUCCCCAAUGCCCUCUAUUGCGAGAACCGGAACCUCCGUACGGUCCCUGUGAUCCCGUCCAGAGUACAAUACCUAUACCUGCAGAACAACUACAUCUCCGAGGUAACGGCGGAACCCUUCAACAAUGCCACAGAGCUGAGAUGGGUCAACAUGGCCAACAACCGCAUUAAAAAAGUGGACAAGCAGGUGUUUGAGAAGGUACCUGGUCUGUUGUUUCUCUACAUGGAGAGGAACCAACUGAAGGAGGUUCCUGAUGACCUGCCAGCUGGGUUGGAGCAGCUCAGACUCAGCCACAACCAGAUCUCCAAGAUCCCAUCUGGAGCCUUCGGCAAGAUGGAGCACCUCGCUCUGCUCGACCUGCACCACAACAAGUUGAGUGACAGUGACAUGGGGAAGAACACUUUUAAAGACCUGAAGAACCUGGUUCAGCUGAACUUGGCCCACAACAUCCUGAAGAAGAUGCCAGCUAACAUCCCCAACGGCAUCGCACAGCUAUUCCUGGACAGGAACAACAUUGACAACAUCCCUAAGGACUACUUCCAAGGCUUCUCCAACCUGGCGUUUGUGAGGCUCAACUACAACCAGCUGAGUGAUAAGGGAGUCCCUAAGGCUGUGUUCAACGUAUCCACUCUGCUAGACCUUCACCUGGCCCACAACCAGCUCACCUCCGUCCCCCUGUUCAACCCCCAGCUGGAGCACUUGCACCUCAACCACAACAGCAUCGAGAGUAUUAAUGGGACCCAGCUGUGUCCAUUUAGUCUGUCCUCUGAGAGUCUGACUGAUGAAGCUCUGAUGCCCAGGCUCAGGUACCUACGUCUGGAUGGGAACCACCUGAGUCCUCCUGUCCCUCUAGAUGUCAUCAUGUGUUUCAGACACCUCAAGUCCAUCGUUGUCUAGAACCAGGCCUGGAGUCAGGGGCUGCUUCAGGACGCAUACACAUACAUGCACACACGCGCACUCAGACACAGUCAGCAAACGGCAGCAAACCUACGCAGAUGUACGCAAGGCAACGCACGGACACAAACAGACAUGCUUGCCCAUACGCAGUCACACGCACAUACACUCACACACGCACACACACACACACACACACACACACACACACACACACACACACACACACACACACACACACACACACACACACACACACACACACACACACACACACACACACACACACACACACACACACACACACACACACACACACACACACACACACACACACACACACACACACACGACUAUUUCAGAUGGGUGAAAUGGUGCCAAAUAACCUGAGUGAAAUGCUAGCUGUACGGCUUUGACAACUUCAGGAAUAUUUCACUCGUCUAAACAAAUAUUUAUAAAACUAAGAACCAAGCCGUCGCAUUGACUACAUCUUUGAAGCAUGGAUGUAUCUGCAGUUACUACCAUGUAGUUUAAAAUGCCCUUGGGGAAUCUGUGUUUUUGAGGUACUUUGUUUAUAAAAAAAAUAUAAAAUUAUAUCCUUGUUUCUUGUAUAAAGCAGUUGUGUACAAAUAAAAUAAAUCAAAUCUG